ACAGUCUUGAAGUCAGCAUGGACAUGAAUUUGUCAGCGCGUUGUGCUUUGGUUCUUUCUCUGUUGGCAUUUGUACAUUUGAAAAUAGUCUCUGCUGCAGAAACGGGAGGCAUAUCUACAGCAAAGCCUGGAGUGUGCCCUCGUAGACGAUGGGGCAUAGGGAUAUGUGCAGAGUUAUGUUCCAGUGACAGUGACUGCCCCAAUGAUGAAAAAUGCUGUCACAACGGAUGUGGGCAUGUCUGCAUUGCACCUUACACAGCAAAGCCUGGAGUGUGCCCUCGUAGACGAUGGGGAGUAGGGACGUGUGCAGAGUUAUGUUCCGAUGACAGUGACUGCCCCAAUGAUGAAAAAUGCUGCCACAAUGGAUGUGGGCAUGUCUGCAUUGCACCUUACACAGCAAAGCCUGGAGUGUGCCCUCGUAGACGAUGGGGCUCAGGGAUAUGUGCAGAGUUAUGUUCCAAUGACAGUGACUGCCCCAAUGAUGAAAAAUGCUGCCACAAUGGAUGUUGCAUUACACCUACACAGGGUCUCUCUUCUAUGAAAUCUAUUUGGACUAUUUGCUCCAAGUACAGUCUAGAAGUCAGCAUGGAAAUGAAUUCGUCAGCGCUUUGUGCUUUGGUUAUUGUUCUGUUGGCAUUUGAUUUGAAAAUAAUCUCUGCUGCAGAAACUGGAGGCAAUUCUACAGUGCCAAUCCUCCCAAAGGCAGGUCAGUGCCCGCGGCUUCUGAACGUGGUGCCGUCACACAAGGGAUGUGUCCGCGAUGAGGACUGUCCUAAAGAUGACAAAUGCUGCGUAUUUGACUGCGGCGCAGUGUGUGUCCCACCUGCCUUCACAAAGCCUGGAGUGUGCCCUCGUAGACGAUGGGGCUCAGGGAUGUGUGCUGAGUUCUGUUCCAAUGACAGUGACUGCCCCAAUGAUGAAAAAUGCUGCCACAAUGGAUGUGGGCAUGAGUGCAUUGCACCUUACACAGUGAAACCUGGUCGCUGUGCUCUGCCUAAGGGGACCCCCAUGUGUGCUGAGUACUGUUACCAUGACGGCCAGUGCCCCGAGGAACAGAAGUGUUGCCGGACAACCUGCGGCCACGCCUGCAGUGAGCCAUGCUCAUAGGACAGCAAGGUUUGGGUCUGGAGAGGAGAGACAACACUCCUCAAAUCAUUUCAAUAAAAAAAGAGAAGAUAAUAAGAUAAGAAGAGGAAUGAUUGUUGUUGUUUUUUUAUAGGGGGGGAGGGGGUUGUACUUGUUUGUAUUCCAAUCAAUAAAGCGGUCUGUGCAGCCUUUAUAUACA